UCCGUCCGUCCGUCCGUCCGUGCGUCCGUCCGGGGGGCAGGGCACGAGGCGCCGCAGACCUAACGCCGCCAGAUGUGUCUCCGCGCCGCGCCGUGCUGGGGACCAUCCCCGGGGGUGUUCCCCUGCUGCCCACACUGCUGACCCCCAGCCCUCUGCCCCACGCCCCCCCUGCCAGCUGCUGCUGCUCCUCCAACGGCUCCCGCCGCGGCCCCUGGCUCCUGCUCCAUGCUCAGCAUGCCCCUGUCUGGCGGACCCGGACCUGCUGAGGAAUCGCUCUGGAGCUCAAGGCCAGCCUGCAGGGUAAGCAUUUUUCAUCCUUUCCAAACGUGAAAAGAGUGGCCAUCUGUGCGGACCCGUCACGCAAAAUCAGCACUAAAGCGGCUCUUUGGAGAAGGUGAUACGGCUGUGCUGCUGCCUCCUCCUGUGCUGGGGCUCCCCUCCCGCUAACGCCGUCUCCUGUCCCCGGUAGGAAAUGGAGUCAAAGGUCUCCGAAGGCGGCCUGAACGUCACCCUCACCAUCCGGCUGCUGAUGCAUGGCAAGGAAGUCGGAAGCAUCAUUGGAAAGAAAGGAGAGACCGUGAAGAAGAUGCGUGAGGAGAGCGGGGCAAGAAUCAACAUCUCGGAGGGAAACUGCCCUGAGCGAAUUGUGACCAUCACUGGCCCCACCGACGCCAUCUUCAAGGCUUUCGCCAUGAUCGCCUACAAAUUUGAGGAGGACAUAACCAACUCAAUGAGCAACAGCACUGCUACCAGUAAACCUCCAGUGACGCUGCGACUGGUCGUGCCAGCUAGUCAGUGCGGCUCGCUGAUUGGCAAAGGAGGCUCCAAGAUCAAGGAAAUCAGGGAGUCCACAGGUGCUCAGGUUCAAGUGGCGGGGGACAUGCUGCCCAACUCCACGGAGCGGGCAGUGACAAUCUCGGGGACACCCGACGCAAUUAUCCAGUGUGUCAAACAGAUCUGUGUGGUGAUGCUGGAGGUACAGUCUGUAACAAAGGGGUCCCCACCAAAAGGUGCCACCAUUCCCUACCGCCCAAAGCCCGCCUCCACCCCUGUCAUUUUUGCAGGUGGUCAGGCCUACACAAUUCAGGGACAAUAUGCUAUUCCACACCCGGAUCAGUUGACCAAGCUCCACCAGUUGGCUAUGCAGCAAACCCCUUUUACUCCCCUUGGACAGACCACCCCCGCUUUCCCUGGAGAAAAGCUGCCCUUACAUUCCUCCGAAGAAGCUCAAAAUCUGAUGGGCCAAUCAUCAGGUCUGGAUGCCAGUCCCCCGGCCAGUACUCAUGAACUCACCAUUCCCAAUGAUCUAAUAGGCUGCAUAAUCGGACGCCAAGGGACCAAAAUCAAUGAAAUUCGGCAGAUGUCUGGAGCACAGAUCAAAAUCGCCAACGCCACGGAAGGGUCAUCAGAGCGCCAAAUCACCAUCACGGGAACCCCUGCCAACAUCAGCCUCGCUCAGUACCUCAUCAACGCCAGGUUGCACUGGGGCAGGGCACGGAGAUGGAUCUGGUCUGGUGGCAGGAAGGUGUAAUUUGGGACCUCGCUGCGAAACCGGCCCUCUCUCGCUGCCUCCUCAGAGCCUCUCCCACGCGCUUCCAGGCCUCCAAAAAUCCUUCCCUCCACCGAAUGAAGUCAAUCAAGCAGUCCAAUAAACAGCAGACAUGGGAACGGCCUGAUCGCGUCCUUUUCAUCUCCUGGCAGUGCGACGCAGCAGGGCUCUGCCGGCACGUGCCGGGGUCGGGGACGCUGCAGGCUGGGCCACGCAGGGCCGGCGCCACCGGCAGCAGGGCCGGGGCCAUCGGUGCGGGCGGGUGGGCAAGCGGGCAGGCAGCCCAGGAGGAGGGAGGUCGUCUCACUGGCUUCACGCUGCAAGGCCGUCCGUCUGUCCAUCCAUCCGUCCAUCCGUCUGUCCAUCCAUGCCGGCGCUGGCAAGAGGAAGGGGUGAGGGAGCAGCAGCAAGGUGUGCGCAGUCUCUCCUCCCCUCCUUGCACCCGAUCCCCUUCUGCCCCAACCUGCAGCCGUCUCUGCCACCCUGCCCUCCCCACUGCCUGGCCCCGCGGCACCUCCCCACCACCUCCCAAGGAAGGAGAGAAAAGAAAACUGAGCGACUCUGUUACCGGGAAGGGCUGGCCGAGCCACAGCUCAUGCUGUAGCGAAGGCAGAGAUGGAGGGCGGCCUGGCAGGGGGGUGGAUGGGGCACGGCUCAGCCUCUCCCUUGCUUUGGAAAGGCAGAGCAAAACAGGGGAGCUGGGGCAGCUUGCAGGUGACAGGACAACGGGGCUGGUGGCAAGGAUGCUGGGAAUGCUGCUUGCCCCCCGUAGGAGGGAUGCUGGUAGAGGUGAGGCCGUGUGCUGGGACAUCUCCUGCCAGCACCCCUUGUGCGUGGCACCUCUGCCAUGAGCGGGCACUAGCUGGCAUCAGCGAGGGUCUUCAGGUCCACACUUGAGCCCCCUGCACCCUCUAUGGGGACCCCCAAGCCCCAUGUGCUCAGGCCACCAGGCAUCGGGCAGGUGACCCUCUGCCAUAAGCUGUGACAUUGCCCCCAGCCCUACCCGAACCUCCUGAGCACCCCUAGUGGGCGAAACACAGGUGCUGGAGGAACCCGGUGAGACAUCGAGAUCUGGAAAAAAAUGAGCACAUUCCCCCAGUUCAGGAUAGGUCAGGAUAGGGACAGGACACUGGGGGAGAGGGGAUCCAUCUGCACAAUGCCAAGCCCAUGGGUGCCUCGCCAGGCAUCCCAUGGGACGUAGGCAUGAGGAGCAGUGCUGCCAUGGAGGAUCUGCGUUUUCUUUUCUACUCCAUUUAUUAAGCGCUUGUUUUUGUCUUCCCCACCCUCUCUC